AUGGAGUUUCUCAUUGGAAUAAUUGGAAAAGAUUUCGUACUUGUAGCCGCAGAUACUACGGCGGUCAUAUCGAUUAACAUUUUUAAAGUUGAUGAGGAUAAAUCCAGAGAUCUCAACAAGCACAUUAUCAUGCUAUAUUCCGGAGAACCAGGAGAUGCAGUCAAUUUCGCAGAGUAUAUUCAAAGAAAUGUUAGAUUUUAUGGAAUUAAAAAUGGAAUUGAAUUGAAUCCUAAGGCAGCAGCCACUUUCACAAGAAGAGAAUUGGCGCAGAGUUUGAGAAGCCGGAAACCUUACUCGGUUAAUGUCCUCAUCGCCGGAUACGAUAUAACAAAAACGACACCUCACUUAUAUUGGAUUGACUAUCUUGGUACUUCCGUUGAAGCACCUUAUGUUGCGCACGGAUAUGGAGCUUAUUAUACUACAUCCUUCUUGGAUAAGCAUCAUCACCCAGAUCUUACAUUUGAAGAAGCAAAAAUUCUAAUUAAGAAGUGCAUAGAUGAAAUCAAACAUAGGUUAAUCUUAAACCUUCCUGAAUUUAAAAUUAAAGUUGUAGAUAAAGAUGGAAUUCGAGAAGUUGUCAUUUAA